CAGCAUAUAAAUUUGGAAAAGCAAUUGAACUCCGUCUCUCAUCUGAAGGAAGACAUCGAGGAAGUGGCCGCCUUAUAAGCAAUAUAGUAGGACUCCAGUCAAAGGUUUGGAAUUGUUAUCUGAUUGUUUUAAGGACUUUCUAUGAGGGUUUGAACACGCAAAAGAUGAUCAUACCAAUUUGUGUCGGACAUAACUCCAGUUGGGCUUCAAGAGUAGGUAGAGGCGAGCAUGCAAGCUCCUUGGGGUGCCAACACGACCAUUUGUUCUAUGCAAGCGAUGUACAGCUUCCAGGAACGGUUCCAAUUAGCAUCGGACACGCAGGAAAUGGCGAGGAGUGGAGACACACCGUUGUUCAGAGCGCAAACUCUGCUGGGAACGGCUGGACCCACGACUUCACGUUUUACGCCUUCAGCUCGCAGCAACCAGGAACAAUUCCCUACGCAGUUGGGCACGCUACAUACGAACAUGGCUGGAAGUUUAGAUUGCAAGAGAACGCAACAUACGUAGGUGACCAUGGCUGGACACAUGGCUUCGUUUUCUAUGUCUUUCCAGUCAAUCCAGAAGUAUUAAUGCCUAUAUCUGUAGGCUCAUAUUCAGGCCACUGGACUGCCAAAGUUGUCAGUGGUGUAUCUGCGAAGGACGACCUUUUUGAUCACGUUUUUACGUUUAAAGCAUUGGAGCAUCAACAACCAGGCACCAUUCCAUUUGCCGUUGGUUCAGCAGGUAGUGGCGACCAUAGAAGACACCAGCUUUGUAAAGGAACAAAUGCCGGUGGCAAUGGCUGGAACCACGAGAUGGUAUUUUAUGCCUUUGAAAAUCAGAAGCCUGGCACUAUUCCGAUUGCUGUUGGUCAUGCUACCUACUCAGGAGGUUGGAAAUUUCGUGUCUCAGAAAACUGUUCCUUUGCAGGGGAUAAUGGAUGGACCCAUGACUUUGUCAUGUAUGCCUACCCAGCCGAUACAUCACUUCUCAUGCAAGUAGCUGUCGGUUGUGACACUGAGCAAUGGUGUUCCUGGUUGAAAGCUGGACCCAGAGUUCAAGACCACUAUUUUCAGCAUACAUUUUCAUUCUACGGUUUCCGAUCUCCGUACCCCGGUACUGUUCCAUUAUCUGUUGGAGAAGCCGGUGAUCCAUACUCUCGUUCACUUAGGAGUCGUAUUGACCAGGGUACCCAUGCUGGCGGUAACGGAUGGAACCAUGUGCUCACUGUUUAUGUGUUCCCGAGCCGCAAGCCAGGAACAGUUCCAAUAGCUGUCGGUCAUGCAGAUUUUCAAAAAGGUGGUUGGAAGUACAUGGUGUCUGAAAAUUGCCAAAAUGCAGGUACCCAAGGAUGGCAGCACGAUUUUGUUGUCUACGCUUACCCAGGCGGAAAGUGAAUAUUUCAAAAUUGGACUUGCUUAAUUCAACAAUCAAUUAACGUAUAAUGCAAAACCCUGAUCAUGACGAAAUUUUAUCUUUUUUAGAACACAAGAGUUAACUUUUGAUUUGACCAAAAAUGAAUUUAUUACUUAUUGCAA